CGGUGGCAUCAUUUUUUCUCUUUCACUUCCCGCCCUUUUGGCUGUUGGAGCUCUUUAUUAAGCCUUUCUGUAUCCAACUUUGUUUACCACCCCCAGUUCAUUACUAUAGAAGGCCAUUCCUUGUGAUUCCAGUUUCGCUAGUGAAUCUGCGGUGUGUUCAUUUGCAUUUACCUUUUUGUCACCUGGGAGGACUCAGUUAUUUAUUGCCCUUGUCUUUUGAACUUUCAUUUUCAUCUCAUUGGAUUUGGUUAUCCUCCGAAAAAAUCAAACUUGCCCUCCACUGGCAUUGCUUCCCUCCUCUUUCUUUUGGGCUCCAUUGCUCUCUUGAGCGUAUUCCCUUCAAAUCCGAGUUUAAAGUUCUGGGAAAGCUCUAUUUCGUUUUACCAUUGUCUUCUAUUUUUCUAUAUAGACCCGGGCUGCCAGACCAAUGUGCAAAACAAACAAGAGUUCAUGGGGCAUGAAGCUGUGGUGGUUGGUUGGGUUUGUAGGAUUGGUGAUUAUCAAAGCGGUCGAAGGUUUCGACAAUACCAGUGUGACAGAGAUGGAUUAUGUCAAGAGGAGGGUUUUCAAUAACAGGCCCUUAAUGGUGGGUAUCACUUUUAUUGAUGGAGCUGCUGCCAAAGGCGCAGUUUGUCUGGAUGGAUCUUUACCAGCUUACCAUCUUCACCGUGGUUAUGGUUCAGGAUCAAAUAGUUGGCUUAUACAAUUGGAGGGAGGGGGCUGGUGUGGAAAUAUCAAAACUUGUGAGUACAGUAAGAGAACUCGUCAUGGUUCAUCUAAUUUCAUGGAAAAGCAGAUUCCAUUUAUUGGAAUUUUGAGCAACAAAGCUGAAGAAAACCCUGAUUUUUUCAACUGGAACAGAGUAAAAAUUCGUUACUGUGAUGGUUCAUCCUUUGGCGGGGACAGUCAAAAUAAAGCUGCGGGUCUGUACUUCAGAGGACAACGCAUCUGGGCAGCUGCUAUGGAGGAUUUAAUGUCAAAGGGCAUGCGCUAUGCUAAACAGGCUCUUCUAUCUGGAUGUUCUGCUGGAGGAUUAGCAUCUAUACUUCAUUGUGACGAAUUUAGGGGACUGUUUCCUGCAACUACAAGAGUCAAAUGCUUAAGUGAUGCUGGAUUGUUCCUUGACAGUGUUGAUGUAUCUGGUGGUCGCACUUUGAGGAGGACAUUCAGAGAUGUGGUUGCCUUACAUGGAGCAGCAAGGAGCCUUCCAAGGAGUUGUACCAGUCACUUCAAUCCAACCUUGUGCUUCUUCCCUCAGUAUUUAAUUUCCAGUGUCAGGACACCGCUAUUUAUCCUCAACGCAGCUUAUGAUACUUGGCAGAUUCAGGCCAGCCUGGCACCGCCAUCAGUGGAUCGUCGUUGGAAUUGGGCUGAGUGCAGAAAAAAUUACGCACGUUGCAGUGCAUCGCAGAUUCAUUAUCUUCAAGGAUUCCGAAAUCAGAUGGUUAAUUCUGUACGGGGCUUUUCAAGAUCCCACAAAAAUGGAUUGUUCAUAAAUUCAUGUUUUGCGCAUUGUCAGACCGAAAGACAGGAUACUUGGUUUGCCUACAAUUCUCCCCAUAUUGGAAACAGAGGGAUUGCACAGUCUGUUGGAAACUGGUUUUUUGACAGAGUUGGAAUCCAGGCUAUUGGUUGUGCUUACCCUUGUGACAAAACCUGCCAUAAUUUGGUCUUUGAGUGAAAAAUAAAACUGCCUAAAUUAUCAUUCUUUAAGAAUUUUGUUUUACUCUCUAUUUACUCUCUACCAUUUACAUUGCCAAUAUAUCAUUGGAAUGUUUAAAGUUAGGACUUUGUUAGAAGAAGCAAGCUGUGUUAUAAAACCAGAUCACAGCCAUAGAAGCAUUUCUAAAACUCAUUCAUUCAUGUGAAGUUGGUUGAGCUUUUAAAGGUUGAUUAUAUUAAAUCAUUGUAAGCAUGUAAAUCUGAAUCUGUGUCUCUGCAACUUCAUUGUUAUGACUUUAUAUUCAGUUAUCCAUGGAUUGUGUUACCAGAAGAAAA